AUGGCAUCUUGGCCAGGGGGCAUACGGAACCGUGUAUCCCAGCCGCCGGGCACGGCAGACUGCUAUACCAACACCAAGAGUGAAACCUGGCUUUCCAACACUUCAUUUAUCCCAACUUCACGGCUGAAGGAGCUACAAGGGGGUGCUCGAGUAUCGAACGCCACAGCAUCGGAGACUCUGCAACCGUUAUCCUCACUUCCUUCAGAUAGCUCUGCUCCAAGAGCGACAUCAACAGCGCCAAUCUCCGGCCGUGCCGGAUCAGACAUGGUAGAUGAUGGCGAUGAAGCCACAGAAAAUGAAUUCUGGUCUCCACAAAAUCUCCAACAAUGGAACGAAUAUGAUGCUUUCACCGAGCCGUCCGUAGCACCCUUUCCUAUUCAGUACUCUCCGGGAAUAAAUGAACCAACCAACUGGUAUCGCAUGGCUGCGCCGCCCCCUGAACUAGCGCGUGAUGAUAGUGCCAAGGUGGCGAAACUUAUACAAGAAGUAUUAAGUGCGCAUGAAGAUGUGUCAGCCAAACGCUAUCGGAUCCGGGAAAUGCGGCAUAUACUUCGACAAAAACGGGAUGAAGAGGAUGAUGUGCGGGUUGCAUUACGGAGCAAGUUAAAUCUCAUAACUGCCGAACACGUACAUGAGGAUAUUGCUGCUAUCAAUAUCACCAUCAAUGAUCUCCAAGCUGCGACAGCGUCUUAUUUUAUCUUUGAAAACGAGUACCAUAGACAAGAAGAAGAGCUGGUGGAGCUGGAGUACGAUUAUAAUCGACACUUAGAAAGUUUGCAAACCAUCUUCAAGCAACAAAGCGACUUGUUCUCACGGUCUCAAUCCAUUAACUCAUACUACGAAUCUUCCUCAGGAGACUACAGCUCAGACUAUGAAGACCAGAUUUCGCCCCAAGUGGCUGAUUAUCUCUCCAUGGUUGGCGAGACGCGCAUACUCGCGGACCGACUGUCAGAGCUAGAGACGAAUUACCUGACCUUAGUCGAUCAACGCGAGCUGCGCGAACGAGUCGGCAUCCCUCUCGAUAGUGCGGCCCUCGACUUCCUCAUUCGAUACCAAGACGAAAAGACCAAGAUCGAGACCGAGCUACAAAUAGCCCGCCAUAACGUCGAGUCGCACCCAGAACAUACCAAUCGCUCCGCGCAGAUCGAAGAAGAGGAAGAAAAUGAAGCAGAGGUGAUACAACAUUUUAUGCCUGAGAAACCAGUGAAUCAGACGUACAAUGAUCCGUUGCACUCCUCGGAAUUCGAGGAUUCGUCGCCUUUCUUUGCGUCUGCGAACCCAAACCCUGUCAAUAAAGGCACUUUCGUGAAUCGAUGGCUUCUUCAUCGGUUGCGGCACUCAAGAUUUGAGAUUAUGCGGUUUAAGUCUGCACCCGAACUGAUAGAUUUGGAUAACAAGGGAUGGGGGUCAGAUACUAUUAGCAAGAUGGCGAUGAUGCUUUGGUUUCAAGAUGGCGCGGCAAGCAUGGAGCAUUUUAUCAGUCGAUCAGCUGGGUAG